CUUUCGCGUCGUGGUGGCUCAAUUGACCAAUUCCCACCUGAAAAGCUGUCGACCAAGAGACAGGUGCAGUCAAUACUCCAAAUUACCUUCAGGAUGGGUCGUGAGCCCCUUGUUUUCCAACAUUUGACAGUCUCUUAGCCGUCCUCGGCUUGGAAAGUGGCUGCGAUAACCAUCCAAAAACCCUCUCAGAAUAUCAUCAACUUCGCUUGCGCCAUGGACCUCAUCCAGGCUCUCGGGGUUAUCGCCAACAGCCUACUACAGCCAGCCAACGAAGGAGGCGCCGUGGUGAUCACGUCAUUCUCGCCGAAAUUUUGGUCGACAGGUCUGGAUGUUAACGAGCAUCACAGAAAUCCCGGUUCUCAUGCAGAGGGGUUUUACCCCCUGGUCGCUAAAAUCCUGAGCUACCCAUUUCCAGUUGUGGCCAUGAUCACGGGCCAUACUUUUGGUGGAGCGAGUCUAGUUGCUCUGGCUUGUGAUUACCGUUUCAUGAACAGCCGCAGGGGCUUCCUCUCUUUGCCUUCUAUCAACCUGGGUGUGUAUUUCCCAGGCAUAGGGAUGCUACCGAGGUUAAAGUUGCGGCCCCACAUCGCGAGAAAGAUGUUGAUGGAAGGAUUCAGAUGGACGAGUAGGGAGGCCUUAGAAGAUUGGAUCGUGGACGAGAUUGCGGAACCAGAUGUAAUGCUGGAUCGGGCCAUCGCAGUCGCACAAGAACAUGCCCCCAAGGCCAGCGCCAAUGUCUACGCGCUGUUGCGCUCAGAAUUGUAUGGGAAAGCAUUCGAUGCAUUCGAACGCUUAUCCCAUAUCCCCGAGCCGAGAACGGACCCAGCUGUAAAGGCAAAUAUUUAAUUUCGUAGUAGAUGUUAGCUCCUAAACCUGAAGCAACUUUCUG